AGUGUUGGCUAUUAACGUAUUACUAUUCAUUGAAGUUCAUUACUUUUGUCUUGAGACGAGAGAAAGGAUCGAAAACGUUUAAUUGCCCAAAAACCCUAAGACAUAAUGUUUCAAUGUAAAGGUUUAACGUUUGGAUAAUAAGCCAAUGCAUUUACGCGCCAUGCGUAAAUGCAUCUUAUUGUCCCAGCAUAUAUAUUGAUUUAUCGAUCUUGUUAUUUGCGCCCAUAUUUCACUGGUGGUGAAGCAGGAUUCAGAAGUUUUGUCCGUAUUAUAACACAAGCAUCCGGAUUCUCAGUCGGGUUUCCCACGCCUCCAUAUGGAUGGGAGCGCAUGGUCGAACCCCAAUGUGCCAAAGCCCACACCACCACCCGUCCACUGGAAGAGCUCAUUCACAAAUGGCACGCGUUGCUCCUUUGUCUCCCCGAGAUGCUAAGUGAAACGUCUCCCCCUUUAUCCUGAGGGUGUUAACGUUUAACAGAAGGAUGUGACCGUCCGGGUGAUUUGCAAGCAACCGAGAAGGCCCGCGUUGGAGCAAUCAUGCAUAACUAAAUUAAUCAAUCGGGGCAAAACAGGAGUUUGGCAGGACACAUAAAUUCGAAUUGAAUUUACUGUUAGCCUAGGCUUGUACUCACACGUGUGUAACACGAAAAUAAGUAUUUGUAGGCUUAUCGAGUUUCGGAUUUCAUGGACUUUAAUUAGCCUACAUGAUUUAUAAUUUAUAUUAGACUAGAAAUCAACGAUCCUUGGAUAUCCUAUAAUCAUCAAUAUAAAAUACAAUGCAUAUCUAAUUCAAGAUAUAAAUAAUUUUCCAUAUAUUAAGAUUGUUAUCUGAACGUCUAUAUAUUUCAAAAGCCAAAUACAGAUACAUCCACUUUCAGUUAAAUGCUACCUUUUACGCAUGGCGUAAGAGUAGCUUUAGUUUUUGCCCCUACUAACAGUUUUAUAGUUUUACAAUAGUAUUAUAUAGUUAUUACACCCACACCCACAACAUGCCUCCCUACCUCCUGGGUGGGAGGAGCCACAGAACGCGUCACAGAGCUGAAGGCUUAAAGUAGGAGUCCGGCACGUGGAGACGCAACACUGAAAUCUUGUGUGUCAUGGAGAGGUCGUCACUUAUUUAAGAUUACUUUUUGCCAUUUUACUGGAUAGAUUCUCCAGCAGCAGCGGACUCGGCUCCCACUACACUGAAAUCGAAGGCUAUAUCGAAGGCUAAAUCGAAUGACAUGGAGGACGCGACAAAUGACAAAAAGUUUUUCAAGUCCCAGAUGGAACGGCGUCGUAGAGAGAGAAUGAACCGCAGUCUCGAGCAUCUGAGGAGCCUGUUGCUGCAGGCGCCACAAGAGCAGUGCGGCGACCAGCGCAGAGCUGAGAAGGCCGAGGUGCUGGAACACACCGUCCUCUUCCUCCGGAGCUCCGAGGGGGCCCGCCGGAGGGACGGCGGCACGGCCGGGUGCAAUUCUUUCCGAGACGGCUUCUCCGCUUGUCUGGAGAGGGCCACACGUAUCCUAGGACCACAGGGCAAAGGUUUACCGAAGGCCGUGAACUUUGACACCACCCAGGUCCGCCUCUCUAGCUCUGACUAUGCCGGCCUCGAGGCCAUUUCCUCCAUCACCAAACAAUACAAAAUCAGCUCGAAGUCAGUGCGCAGACCCAGACAGCCACGGACCUCGUCGUCGGCCCUCCAGGCCUGCGGGAUUUCGCUUCACCCAAAACCGUGUCCCGUACGACACGAGAGAAGCGCGAGAGUCGGCGAGCAAACGAAUGGAGCCGUUCCCGCGCAGGAGAGGACGCAACAGCGGCCCGCGACAACAGUAUCCCCGGCCCCGAGCCUGUCUUCGUUCCAGUCGCUAUGGAGACCCUGGCCCUAGUGCCGCCCCCCAACAGACUGAUCUAUUAGCCGAUCUUUUAAUUACUUUUCCAAGAUGCUCGGGUUCGGCCAGGGGUUCUUUAAGACCCAGCCAAACUGUACCGGACUUCGGGUCCACUCCUUAAUCUCCACAUACUACCUACGAAAGAUCCUUGAGCAAGCCGCCAAACUCCUGCUUAUUGGCCGUCUGACCUCAAGGAUCCCACGAGACGCCCGGUCGUCCACGAGAAAUAAUGAACUAGAAACUGUUCAAGAAACUUUUCUCCGGCCAUAUUUAUGCUGUCUUUUUGCACACUAAUUUAUUAUCUCCCUAUGGUGAGCUG